GCACAUCCACAUUCUCCACAUUGUGUUGAGCUUCGCACAGCUGUCUCAGCCUCCAGCCCGCUUUGGUGAAGGUGAUCCCAGACCUUCUAGAAAACAUGGACUUCAAUGGAACAUGGCAGGUUUACGCUCAGGAGAACUACGAGGAGUUCCUCAGGGCAAUGGAACUCCCAGAAGAUAUCAUCAAGCUGGCCAAGGACAUCAAGCCAGUUACUGAGAUCAAGCAGAGUGGCAAUGACUAUGUUGUCACCUCCAAGACCCCUGGAAAGUCUGUGACCAAUUCCUUUACCAUUGGCAAGGAGGCUGAAAUCACCACCAUGGACGGCAAGAAGCUCAAGUGCAUCGUCAAUCUGGAGGGUGGCAAAUUGGUCUGCAAGACCGGCAAGUUCUGCCAUGUCCAAGAGCUCAAGGGAGGAGAGAUGGUUGAGACAUUGACCAUGGGCUCAACAACUCUCAUCAGGAAAAGCAAAAAGAUGUGAACUUGGCAGUGAAGUAACCAAUGUCUAAUAAAAGUGUUGCUUGAUAAGA